CUCUGGAGCAGCUGUGUGCAGUCGCUUUCUGUCUAUCGCGCAUUCUCAUAAAGCACAACCAGCACAGGCGAUAGAGGAGGAACAGAGCCGAAAAUCCCGACUCAAAGCCUGAUCCGCUCAGGAAAUCUAUCCGUCAGGACGUGCUGCAUUAGGGAACACGACCAUGGGCAUGGAGCGCACGGCAUUCCUGCUGUUCAUUUUGACGACUUUGUCUCUCGCCAUCGAGGUGCCAUCAGAUGACUCAGUGGGCUUGUUGGCAGAGCCCCAGGUGGCCAUGUUUUGUGGGAAACUCAACAUGCACAUCAACGUCCAGAGUGGCAAGUGGGAACCAGAUCCUACUGGCACCAAGAGCUGCAUUGGAACCAAAGAGGGCAUCCUUCAGUACUGCCAAGAGGUUUACCCAGACUUGCAGAUUACCAAUGUAGUGGAGGCCAACCAGCCUGUCAGUAUCCAGAACUGGUGUAAAAUGGGUCGCCACCAAUGCCGCAGUCACACACACAUUGUGGUUCCCUACCGCUGCCUGGUUGGGGAGUUUGUAAGCGAUGCCCUGCUCGUCCCAGACAAGUGCAAAUUUCUCCAUCAGGAGCGAAUGGACAUGUGUGAAAGUCAUUUGCAUUGGCACACAGUGGCCAAAGAGUCCUGCGGCGAUCGUUCCAUGAAUCUUCACGACUACGGGAUGCUUCUGCCAUGUGGCAUCGACCGUUUCCGCGGUGUAGAGUUUGUAUGCUGCCCUGUUGAAGAGCAGAAGGAGAUGGACAGCGAGGAGCAGGAGGAGGCUAACUCGGAUGUAUGGUGGGGUGGCCAGGAGGCCGAGUACACUGACAGCAGUGUGCUGAGAGAACAGGCCCCAACCAAGCCAGAACCUGCGAUGACAGAGGAUGAUGAGGAUAUAAAAAAUGAGGAAGAGGAGGCCUGGGAAAACGAUGAGGACGGGGAUGGCGAAGAUGACGAAGAUGAGGACGAUGAGAACGACGAAGAUACCGCCGAAGAACAAGACACCAGUGAGCAGACCUCCAACGUUGCCAUGACAACCACCACCACUACCACUACAGAGUCUAUAGAGGAGGUUGUGCGAGCGGUGUGCUGGGCCCCCGCUCGGACAGGGCCAUGCCGUGCCAAGCUGCCCCGCUGGUAUUUUGUGGCGGAGACGGGCCGAUGUGCCCCCUUCACCUUUGGGGGCUGCGGGGGCAACCGUAAUAACUUUGAAUCAGUGGAGUACUGCAUGGCUGUCUGCAGCAGCAGUGUCUUGCCCACCAUGGCCCCGAGCCCUGCUGAUGCAGUGGAUCGCUACCUGGAAGCACCAGGAGAUAUAAACGAGCACACCCGCUUUCAAAAAGCAAAGGAGAGCCUGGAAGCCAAACACAGAGAUAAAAUGUCAGAGGUGAUGAGAGAAUGGGAGGAGGCAGAGAGGCAGGCUAAGAAUCUUCCUCGUGCCGAUAAGAAAACCAUAAUUCAGCGCUUCCAGGAGAGGGUGGAGGCAUUGGAGAAGGAAGCGGCCGGUGAGAGACAGCAGCUGGUGGAGACUCAUAUGGCACGAGUGGAAGCUCUCUUGAAUGACCGACGCCGUCAGGCCCUGGAAAGCUACCUUAGUGCUUUGCAAUCUGACCAACCACGGCCUCGGCAGAUCCUCAAUCUGUUGAAGAAGUACAUACGUGCAGAGCAAAAAGACAGACAGCACACCCUCAAACACUUUGAACAUGUGCGAGAGGUGGAUCCCAAGAAGGCAUCCCAGAUUCGCCCUUUUGUGAUGACCCAUCUGCGUGUAAUUGAAGAACGUAUGAACCAAUCCGUGAGCUACCUGUCCAAGGUUCCACAAGUGGCUAAUGAAAUUCAGGACCAAGUGGCAUUGCUGAUACAGCGUGACCAGGCGGAAGUCACCCAACAGCUGUCCUCCCUCCAGAGCAAGAUGAGGGUGAGCUAUGGGAACGACGCACUAAUGCCCGACCUGCCUGAGAACACCACCCCACUGGACACCCUGCCACCAGAGCAAGACGGUCUGGGCUUCAUCCACCCUGAAAGCUUCAACCAGGCCAACACUGACAAUCAUGUUGAACCUGUAGAUGCUCGUCCAAUUCCAGAUAGGGGUCUGCCCACAAGACCUGAGAUUCCAAAAGUUCGUCUGGACAUUGAGGAAAGACACAACGCUGGAUAUGAUGUCCGGGACAAGAGACUGCAGAUGUUCCUUGCGGAAGACAUGGGCUCUAAUAAGGGAGCUAUCAUUGGUCUGAUGGUGGGCGGAGUUGUGAUAGCUACUGUCAUCGUUAUCACCCUCGUUAUGUUAAGGAAGAAGCAGUAUACAUCCAUUCACCAUGGAGUCAUCGAGGUGGAUGCAGCGGUGACCCCUGAGGAGCGUCAUCUCACUAAGAUGCAGCAGAACGGCUAUGAGAACCCCACCUAUAAGUUCUUUGAGCAGAUGCAGAACUAAAGCACCAUGAAACCCUACAACCCCCCCCCCUUCCAAAAAAACACCAUCACCCAUUGCAUCAGGACAGAGAACACAGACUGAUCCCUCAUACGCACCAUUUGUCACCAUGGAGAUUUGAGUGGCUUCCAUUUCAUCCAAUUGAAAGUGACGUGUCAGUGUCGCCCAUCCAGCCAUCUGUCGCUCAGAUCUGCGCGCGUCCAUGUCAUGCUCUCGCAUCUGUCAAUCACAUCACUGUGCGGUGAAUCAAGUGUCUUCUGACGUCUUCUCAUCUAUCCACAUUCGUUCGUCAUUUUACCACCCGUAAGGUUUCCUAGACAAUUUUGUUCCCCUUUAAUGAUUUUGUUCCUCAUUUUUGGUUCCUCAUCCCAUCCUCGGAAAUGAUGUGGGCACUCAGAUGAUGCAGUGCCAUGGCUAUAUGAAACUAAUCCAAAUCACGUGCUCAUUGUUGAAACUUUCCAUUUCAGGAGUAAUGUCAUUCCAUGCGUUUUAUUCUGUACAAAGUAAAAAUCAAAAAUGUACAAAACAUUUAUGGAGAUAAGAAAUUAAUGUUUGUUUUUAUUUUGUGUGUAAUAUCUAUUGAACUAAGGCGGAAACUUAGCUGUACCUAUAUAGUGCAUGGCAAUUAUUAGGGAGAGAAGGUUCUGGAUCCAGGCACAGAUUUUGACCUCUCUCUCUCUCUCACUCUUGUGUAGAGAUUUUAGCUGGAUUGUACAUUUAAGUGUCUUCUUGUGAUCACACAUAAUUUGAAACAAGUGAAAAAAAAUCUGCUUGGCUUCAUGCUUUAAUUCAAGUGUGUGCUUUUUUUCUGGACCAUGCCACACACACUUAAAACGGUUGCAUGGGGCUGCAAAAGAUGUAUGUAUUGUAUCAUGACGUGUAACGUUAGCCCGCAUUUUAACAUCCUUCGCAUUUUUUAAAGAGUUUGCCUCAUGAAAUUUUAUUCCAUGUCGGGAUUUGGUAUGGGGCUGGAAUUUGGGAAGGUGCGACGUGGUGGGAUUUUGCUUCAGAAAUAUCCACCGUUUUGGAUUGUGUAAUUUUUGACCCACAUUCCCCUUUGUAUCCCCAGUGUCUGUGAUAUUCACGAACACAUUUUGGGACACCUUUUAUCAUUUCACAUAAGUAUCUCAUAGCACCUUACAGGCCAGAGCAUGUGACCCACGGGAAGAAUGAGUGUGUGAACGGUAAUUUAAGUUAAUGCAGAUCAACCGUGAUCUUGUGUUAUUUUGAAAGUGAUUAGGGACGGGAAACUGAAUGGAAAUGUGUCAGCUGUUGUAAGAUAAGAUAAAUCCUAUGAGACACAGCCAAUAAAUGAUUCAAACAUUGUGCUUCACAGUGCACACAGCUCAUUAUUUCCUGUAUAGAAGUACUUAUAAAAUCUGAUGUUGUGCUGAUUAGUGGAUACUCUUUGAGAUGAGUGUCUGUGGGGAACAGCGAAAGCUCUUUCUGUACUUUUUCCUUGUGUAUCUAUUAAAAUCAUUGGCUUAGAAAGGGAGAAAGCUUUCUAAACUGUAACCCAUGAAUAAAGUUUUGAAUGUACAUACAA